GUCUUGUUCAUAAUGUUAACUAGCUAUCAGCCCGUCAGAAACACUGCUGCUGACCCCGCCACGGCACAUUGAUAUGAUAGCGACCCCCGGGCUGUGCGAAAUCUUCGACGUGAGCAGCUCAUAGCGAGAGGUGAUAGGGGUGAUAUGAUAGCACGUUUGCGGCCCUCUAUCGUGCCACUCAUCUUUGAAUCUGGUACUUGUGAUGCCAACUGGACACCGCGCUCGUGGCCAGAAAGGAUUCUCGUGAUCAGUCUAGCGUUGGCUCCAAUCCAUCUUAGCGAUCCAGCUUUGUUUUAUCCAAAGCUGAGAAUCGACAGUUGCCGGAAUGUCGAUUGUCCCUUGGGGAACAGGAAUCCAGUAUUGGGGUUUAAAUCGAUCACACGAUCAGCACUGCUAUCUAGGAGGGCAAUUCGUUGUCGGCGACGAGAUGAGUGUGCAGAGUCGAAGCUGUUCCUCGUCCGAAUUCCAACACCACAGGCAAAGUGGACAUUUCUUUGACGCAUAUAUCCGCACCGCAAAGUGAACGCACAUAUUCCUCAUCCCGCUCUCUACGGUCAUUAUUGAUGAUAUGGCACCCACGGCCUUGCCUUAUACCGCAACAAUAUUCUGGUUUACCAAACCGGCCAAAUUCGUCGCCCACCUGGAUGCAAGCACUGCCAAGAGUAUCCGACUUUUCAACACUGCAUGGUAGCACCCGGGGUGCAACACGGUGCGAGGCGUUGCGGGCCGCAGUAAGGCAGCGAUAAAAUGUGAAAACCGGCGAUUCCUUCUUCGUG